UGUCAAAAACCAUCAAAUCCAGCCAAAAUGGUUCAAUUCACUAUUGAUGAGCUCAGAGGGCUCAUGGACAAACCAACACAAAUCCGUAACAUGAGUGUUAUCGCUCACGUUGACCACGGUAAGAGUACUCUCUCAGAUGCUCUGGUUGGUAAAGCUGGUAUCAUUGCUUCAAACAAGGCUGGUGACAUGCGUUUCAUGGACACCCGUGACGAUGAAAAGGAGCGUGGUAUUACCAUCAAAUCCACCGCUAUCUCUAUGUAUUUCCCUCUCCCAAAGGAAGACAUGGAGGCUCUCAAGCAACCAUCAGAAGGUAACGAGUUCUUGAUUAACUUGAUCGAUUCCCCAGGUCACGUUGAUUUCUCAUCUGAAGUUACCGCUGCCCUUCGUGUUACCGAUGGUGCCCUCGUUGUCGUCGACUGUAUCGAAGGUGUUUGUGUCCAAACUGAGACUGUCCUUCGUCAAUCCCUUAUUGAGCGUAUCAAGCCAGUUGUUUGUAUCAACAAGGUUGACAGAGCUCUCUUGGAAUUGCAAGUCGGCAAGGAAGAUCUCUACCAAUCUUUCUCACGUACCAUCGAAUCCGUUAACGUCAUUAUCGCUACCUACAACGACCCAGUCAUCGGUGAAUCACAAGUCUACCCAGAAAAGGGUACCGUUGCUUUCGGUUCCGGUCUCCACGGUUGGGCCUUCACCCUCCGUCAAUUCGCUGGUCGUUACGCCAAGAAGUUCGGUGUUGACAAGUCAAAGAUGAUGGACAAGCUCUGGGGUGACAACUACUUCAACCCUAAGACCAAGAAAUGGACCAACAAGGACACUGAUGCUGAUGGCAAGACCCUUGACCGUGCCUUCAACAUGUUCGUUCUCGACCCAAUCUUCCGUCUCUUCGACGCUAUCAUGAACUUCAAGAAGGACGUCGUUAACACCAUGGUUGACAAGCUCGAAAUUCCUCUCACCUCAGACGAGAGAGAACUCGAAGGCAAGCCACUCCUCAAGGUUGUCAUGCGUAAGUUCUUGCCAGCUGGUGACGCUCUCCUUGAGAUGAUUGUUAUCAACCUUCCAUCACCAAAGACCGCUCAACGUUACCGUGUUGAAGGUCUCUACGAAGGUCCACUCGAUGACGAAUCAGCUAUUGGUAUCCGUGACUGUGAUCCAAAGGGUCCACUUAUGCUUUACGUCUCAAAGAUGGUUCCAACAUCUGACAAGGGUCGUUUCUACGCUUUCGGUCGUGUCUUCUCUGGUACCGUUUCAUCUGGUCCAAAGAUCCGUAUCCAAGGUCCAAACUACAUCCCAGGUAAGAAGGAUGAUCUCUUCGUUAAGACCAUCCAACGUACUGUUCUUAUGAUGGGUCGUAACGUUGAAGCCAUUGAAGAUUGUCCAGCUGGUAACUUGAUCGGUUUGGUCGGUGUUGAUCAAUUCUUGCUCAAGUCUGGUACCCUCACUACCUCAGAAACCGCUCACAACAUGAAGGUCAUGAAGUUCUCUGUCUCACCGGUCGUCCAAGUCGCCGUUGAAGUUAAGAACGCCAACGAUCUUCCAAAGCUUGUUGAAGGUCUUAAGCGUCUCUCCAAGUCUGACCCAUGUGUUCAAACCUGGAUCGCUGAAACUGGUGAACACAUUGUCGCUGGUGCUGGUGAACUUCACUUGGAAAUCUGUUUGAACGAUCUCGAAAACGAUCACGCAGGUGUUGCUCUUAAGAAGUCUGACCCAGUCGUUGGUUACCGUGAAACCGUCAAGGCUGAGUCAUCAAUGACCGCUCUUUCUAAGUCACAAAACAAGCACAACCGUCUCUGGGUUACUGCUCAACCAUUGGAAGAAGAACUCACCCGUGACAUCGAAAACGGCAAGCUCACUCCAAGAGAUGAUCCAAAGACUCGUGCACGUUACCUUGCUGACACUUAUGGAUGGGAUGUUGCUGAUGCUCGUAAGAUCUGGUGUUUCGGUCCAGACACCACUGGUCCAAACGUUAUGAUCGAUAUCACCAAGGGUGUUCAAUAUCUUAACGAAAUCAAGGAUUCAUGUGUUGCUGCAUUCCAAUGGGUUACUAAGGAAGGUGUCUGUACUGAAGAAAACAUGAGAGGUGUUAGAUUUAACAUCUUGGAUGUUACCCUCCACACUGAUGCUAUUCACCGUGGUGGUGGUCAAAUUAUUCCAGUCACCCGUCGUGUCUGUUACGCCGCUCACUUGUUAGCUGACCCAGGUCUUCAAGAACCAAUGUACUCUGUCGAAAUCCAAUGUCCAGAAACAUGUCUCGGUGGUAUCUACUCAACCCUCAACAGACGUCGUGGUAUGGUUUACUGGGAAGAACAAAGACCAGGUACUCCAAUGUACACUGUCAAGGCUUACUUGCCGGUCUUGGAGUCAUUCGGUUUCAACGGUGCUCUCCGUGCUGCAACUGGUGGUCAAGCUUUCCCACAAGCUGUCUUCGAUCACUGGGAACUCAUGAACGGUUCACCACUUGAAAAGGGAUCUAAGCUUGAAGCUCUCGUCAAGGACGUUCGUAAGCGUAAGGGUCUCAAGGAAGAUGUUCCACCUCUCGAAAACUUCUACGACAAGCUUUAAAAUGUUUCUUUAUUUUCACAUAAUUUUCUUUCUCAUGAAUGCAAAAACAUUAUUAUUAUAUAUGC